AUGCUGCCGUACGGCUCGGGCACCCAAGAACUCAAGCAUAUCCGCAUUGCGCGGGCGUCGAGCGCGUCUGAGGUCUCGUGGAAGCACGUGGCCGUCGGCGCGACCGUCGCCGUCGCCACGCUCGGAUAUGCGGCCACGAUGCACUCGAUGGUCAGCAACCAAGCGGCGGCGCUCGACGCACUCCACGCGCAGAUGCUGGCCAUGGGCAGCGUCAAGCCGCUCAAGCACGCCGCGCCGGCCAUCGACGCGCUGCCGCACAAGUACGCAGUGGAAAACGUCACGCCCCGCAAGACGCAGGACCUCCAGAUCACGCGCUACAUCCCGUGCGUCGGCGAUCUCACCAAGGACCCGCGAUGUGACGUGGCGUCGCCGCUGUGCACCUUGUGCCCGCCGGGCAUCCCGACCACGUGCUGCAUCACGACAAAGGGCGGCGAAGACUACAACAUGGACGGCGAGUUCACGUCGCAUUACGGCAUGGAGGCCGAGGGCGGCCACGCCAUGACGAUCGUUGGCUACAACGACGAGUAUACGACCAAGGACGGCUACACCGGCGGCUACAUCCUCAAGAACUCGUGGUGGGAUGGUGUCGACCCGCCGCUUGGCCCGGUUCACGCCCGUGGCAGCCACAGCAUCCGCUAUUUCAUGCAGGAAAUCUCCGAGUUUGAAGAGCGCUUCAACUGCCCCAACAGCGCCAACCCGGCCAACUGGUACCAGUGCCAAGGCCGCGUCGGCGUCAUCCACGCCGAUGCAGGUGUCAUCCGCGCACCGAUCAAUGCGUCGCUUGUCGCGUACGACGAGUGCUUGAGCGACGACACGCGCCGUGACGCGGCCUCGUCCUUCUCGCCGCUUCGUUUGAGUUGCACGAACGACGCUUUCUGCAAGGCGAACGCGACCUACUUUGUGCGCAACAGCACGGCGGUCGGUGACGGCUUCCAGGCGUUCUGCUUCUUCGAGUAUCUUGGCGACGGCAACUCGAGCGACGUGUGCUUGCCGGCGAUGCUGCCGACGGACCUCGCGCACGCGUUUGCGCCGAUUGAAGCGGAGGCCUAUGCCAACAACCCGGACGUCUGUGGCUUUUACUUUUACCCGUACGCCAAGCAGCGCGCGGGCGCGGCUCUCGGCUGGGAAGUGAGCGCCGACGACCUCGACGUGACGUGGGCGCCGCAGUCGUACGCGGCCAACGCGCGCAAGUUCCCUACCCUCGACUACACACUCGUAUGUUCCGACACCGCUCGCACGAUGGACAACAUCUCAUUCUGCUGA